GGGCGACGCCGGGAAAGGAGAGGGAGGCGAGUGCUGCGGAUGAGGCGUUGAGGCAGGCGGUGGAGUGGUUUGAGAAGUGGCUGUGACUGCUGUGGGUGGUGGAGAAGGAGGUGGGAGGUGAGGUUUUCAACAUGCAUUUGCGAGAGGCACUCAACAUGCUACCCCUUUGGGGCCUGGGCACCCAGGCACUGAAGGCCGACGAGCACAUGUGGUUUGAAAAUUGCGCUGGUGAGCAUCAGCUCAACCUGGUGAUAGUGCCUAGUUUCGUGGGGGUUGGUAUUGGAGGUCGAAUACUCAGAUCCAUAGCAGUGUUUGGUAAUGGAGGCAGAUGUCGAACACAGAGCUCUGAGCGUGAUACAGCCAUGAGGUUCUUACUGCAUGUAACUGAAGAUGUCACCGAUAGGAUCACGCAAGAUCGGGUCAUUUUCGAAUGAGGUUUGGCGCUACCUUGCUGAGAUUGGUCCUGCGCAGGAGAAUGGUGCGAGAACAUGAUAUUUUUGGAGUGAAGUUGAUAUUCAUGGAAUUAAAUCACAUUUGAC